GAAAGAGCCUGAUGGGAAAGACACAGAUUUAGACCGAGCUGUUGCCAGGCAUGUUGUCAUUCAUUUGCAAUCGCUAGUCGGCCUCCUUCUGCUGCGUGCUGCAGUUUACUUUGUGAAGAUUGCACUGCAGGUCACCUCCUUCUCUUUUGGGAAAGCUGAAGAUCCCCCAGGGAGGUGUUAAUUUCUGGCACAUGUGUUUAGCACUGCGGCACAUUGUCACAAGCAAAAGAAUGUAGCGGAAAAAAAGCGGAGGCAGAGCUGAGGACCAUCCUACUGGACUUGGGUCCCCCAGACCAUCCAUCCAUCCGUCUCUGCAUCAUCCUCUCCUUCCUCCUUCCCUCCGCCGUGUAUCCCUCCUGCUCUGUGCAUGGGAGGUGAGGGCUCGGCAGGCUGUCAGUCAGCAUGCGGCGGUGUGAACGGGCAGCCCAGUGCCCACAACAUGCUAUGGACGUCAGACACUCCUCGCUGUACUAAUGAAAGGCUUCAAGCUCGCCUGCACUGCCAGUAACUCAAACAAGAGCACACCUGCCUGCUCACCAGUCCUACGCAAACGCUCACGCUCUCCCACGCCACAGACCCAGGAGGGUGAGAACAUGGUGGAGAAGGGUUCGGACCACUCCUCUGACAAGUCCCCCUCCACACCCGAGCAGGUCGUCCAGAGAACGUACUCCCUGCAGUCAGCACGAAGCGGGGGAAAGAACUCGAAGAAGAGCCAAAGCUGGUACAAUCAUGAAAGACAGCACAUCCUGAGAGUGCUGAGCCCGACUUACAAGCAGCGCAAUGAGGACUUUAGGAAACUCUUCAAGCAGCUCCCCGACACAGAGAGGCUCAUUGUGGACUACUCCUGUGCUCUUCAACGGGACAUCCUCCUGCAGGGACGACUCUACCUCUCUGAGAACUGGAUCUGUUUCUAUAGCAACAUCUUCCGCUGGGAAACACUGCUGACAGUGCGGUUAAAGGACAUCUGCUCAAUGACUAAAGAGAAGACUGCCCGCCUCAUUCCCAACGCCAUCCAGGUCUGCACAGACACUGAGAAGCACUUUUUCACCUCAUUUGGAGCCAGGGACAGGACGUACAUGAUGAUGUUCAGACUGUGGCAGAACGCACUGCUCGACAAGCCCCUGUGUCCCAAAGAACUUUGGCACUUUGUACAUCAGUGCUAUGGCAACGAGCUCGGCCUCACCAGUGAUGAUGAGGACUACGUUCCACCUGAUGACGACUUCAACACCAUGGGGUUCAGUGAAGAGAUUCCCAAUGAAGAGAAUGAGAUCAACAAUGAUAGCUUGUCUAAGAGCAGCACUGAGGCCAAGCCUGACGGAAGCCCUCUCCCCAUUCAUAAGAGCGUAGUCCCUAACAGCACCAUCCCCAGCCCAGGCAACCAUGACACGCCCAUCACAUUCGACCUCCCAGCAGAGGAAUAUGCAGACUGCCUACCAGACAGUGAGUUGCUGGCUCUGCCCCUGAUGGUGGAAGAGAGGGACUAUGAUACCAGCAGGGCUGGUGGUCCUGUACCCUCACCCUCACUCGACUUCAACGACAACGAAGACAUCCCCACCGAGCUCAGCGACUCCUCGGAAACACACGAUGAGGGCGAGGUCCAGGCAUUCCAUGAAGAUCUGAAUGGCAGGCAGCACAUCAACGAGAUCUACAAGUUCAGCGUGGACAAGCUCUAUGACAUCCUCUUCACCGAGUCACAGUUCAUGAGUGACUUCAUGGACCAGCGGCGGUUUUCAGAUGUGGUCUACCAUCCAUGGAAGAAGGAGGAUACUGGAAACCAGACCAGAGAGAUCAUGUACACCAUCUCUCUGUCUAACCCCCUAGCCCCCAAAACAGCCACAGUUACUGAGACACAGACUCUGUACAAAGCCAGUCAGGAGAGCGAAUGUUACAUCAUCGAUGCUGAGGUCAUCACGCAUGACGUGCCCUACCACGAUUAUUUCUACACUCUGAACCGCUACAUGCUCACCAGGGUGGCCAAGAAUAAAUGUCGGUUACGGAUAUCAACGGAGCUGCGCUACAGAAAACAGCCGUGGGGGUUGGUCAAAGGUUUCAUAGAGAAAAACUUCUGGAGUGGGCUUGAAGAAAACUUCCGCCGUCUUGAGCUGGAACUGUCAAAGCUUGAGGAGUUCCUCACCGAGACCCACCAGCUCUCUCCGAAGGCUAAGGUGAUGAAGAACUCCACAGUGAGGCGGAAGAAGAGGCAGCUACCCCACAUGCGCAGCCAGCAUCUGGACGAGGCGCUCAGCCCCGUUACCACGCCGACGGACGACGAAGUGAUCCAGAGGAUCAAACAAGUGGCAGGAUCCACACAGACCAGACACCAGAGUCCAGAGCACCAUCACCUGUCCGGUGGCCUCGCCCUGUACAGUGUCUCCAAACUGCUGCUCAUCAUCAGCUUUGUCUUGGUGCUGCUGGUGUUCCUCAACAUGAUGCUCUUCUACAAGCUGUGGAUGCUGGAGUACUCAGCACAGUCCUUAACAACAUGGCAAGGUCUACGGCUACACGAAAGUAAACUGCCUCAGACGCAGAUGGAGUGGGCCCAGCUCCUGGAGUCGCAGCAGCGUUACCAUGACACAGAGCUGCAGAAGUGGAGAGAGAUUAUCAAGUCGUCAGUGGUGCUACUAGACCAGAUGAAAGACUCUUUAUUGAACCUCCAGAGAGGCAUCGGUUUAAAUGACUUCGAGGCUGAAGAGAAGAGAAAUCGUUACCACUAACACACCACCAUAAGGCCAUGAGGGCGUGCUGUGCAAUAUAGGACCUGUUUCGUUUGUGAACCAGUAUGCAGGCAGCAGCGAGUCAGAGCGAAGAUCAGGACCAACGGUGAGCUGGUCCAACAGAGACAAAGAGAGGGCCGAGGGUAACCAGCCCACAGAUGGGUAAAAAACCCUUAGGAGGAAGUCAUUGACAGAAAGUGCCCCUAUCACACACAGGAACUGAGUUGUCCCCAACAUCACUGAGGAAUUGUAGGAAGGUGCAAGUCUCUUCUCUAAACUCGUGGGAUAACCGUUUUCUUUUACUCUCUGUAUGUCCAAGUGCACCCUACUGUAAGCCAUGUCGACAAGGAGAGUAGCAGAGAGGACGAAGGAAAUCUACUGCAUGCAUUUAGACAACCUAGCUCUCCUCAGUCAGUGUUAAUGGUGUCCAGUUCCAGUCUAUGUCUGUCAAAAAAGAAGAACAGAAGAAGACGAGAGAUCAAGUCAAAGAAGAGGGGGGUCCUUUCGAGUCUUAAUGGCUUUCUACACACUCUCGACUGUUCCAAACCAAUCGUCCCCAAGAGGGCCUCGCUGCAGCGUCCCUUUAAUAAACCUCCAGCCAAUCAGAGUGCAGUAUCGCGCCACAACUGAAAAGCAAAGGAAGUAUUGUAGCUGGAGGCUUGUUGCCUGGUCAGGGCUGGUUCCCUGUCAGAGCGCUAUGGUGAAAUAUUUAGAAGUAGAAUCUAUAGCUUGAGACCUACACCAGUAUUUUUACCUUCAUACACAGUUCACAUGAUCGGUUGCCCCUGCCUCGGUGUUCGAUUCCAUACAGUACGUUUUUCCUCAUCUUUCUAAUAAAGUCGAAUGUAUUAUGUAGCCUGAACAAAAGGCCAGAGUUAUUCUUCUUUGAAAAAGGGAUGCUGCAGCCAGACCAGUAGGGAGACCUGUGUUCUUACUUGUUUUAUUACUAAACUGUGACUAUAUCUCUUGAAAAAUGUUUGAAAUUAGAAAGAAUUAUAUGAAUAUAUUUGAAAUAUAUAAGAAUAUUUCAUUAUUUAAUAUAUAUAUUUCAAAAUAUAUAAACAUUAACUAUAUUUAUUGUUAAUUUAUGUAUAUAAAGAAAUUAUCAGAUCUCAAGACCAGUUAAAGCAUUUCUAACAAAACGUGUUUUCUUCUAAAAAUGCAUGCCAGAUAUGUCUGUGACAUGUCCAGUGUGCAAGAAUGAUUCUGCAUUUGCGCAAUUAUCUUCGCGCAUGUGUGUGUGUUUGUGAGUGAGUGCGAGUGUGUGUGUGCUGUAAAGUGUGACAUUUUUACCAUACAAGACUUAAAUGUUUUUUAAUUUGUUUUAUUUUCUGGCUUCUGCAGCCAGACUGCCUUUUUUUAAUGCGAAUGCAUUUGUAUGCUGCCUUGCAUUAUCCCCAAAAGGGUACAGUUUACAACCGAAGAGUUUUGUUCCAAAAUGACAUAUCCAGCAUUAGAAAAAAUAUAUACAUCUCUAUUUACAUCAACGUGUCCAAAGUGAUUGAUGUCACUUUUUGAGGCAUGCUAAUUAGCUUAAAGACAAAAUCUAGAAAGAACCGAGAAGACAGACUAGAUCCUCUAAAUAUUUAAUAUUGAAAGAACCUGAACUUGAUGAUUUUUCUCUUGUAAAUGGAUAUAUAACAUUUUGGAGAUGAACCCUUCAUCUUCCCUCUGUGAUCAACUGUUGAUCCAUGUUACCAUUGACUGCUAAAAAAACAAACUGUUUGACAAUUUGAGAAAUACAUUUGUUUGCUUCUGCUUAAAUAGCAAGUUGGUUUGCAGUAAUUGCCAAAUACAAAUACGAACGCUGACAUCUUGCACAUUUGGAGCCAAAGUAUGUGCAGUAGCAAGUGCUGUGGUAUGAAGGUCCCAUAGAUACAUGCACUUGACCUAUCGCAAGUCGGUCUUGGCUGUCAAUCAACCGUAAAACCAAACUUACCAGAAAAAUAACCAAUUGAAUAUAAAUCGGUGUAAUAUUAACUACCUUAGAUGACAUAAGCCGUAUUUGAGAAAAAUUAAAUUGACCCUUCAGUUUGGUCCAUGUCCCUUUCAUUAAGAUGGAGGAGGCCGGCUUUAUGACAUAUACAACAGCCAGCCACCAGGGGCCAAUUGAGACCCUUUGGCCUCACAUUUAGGAAACUGGCAAUUUGUAAAUCUCUGUUUACAAUCUAUAGUUUCUUUGCGCAAUUGAAUGAGCUAAAUGGCUCAAGCAUCAUGUUUAUCAUACCGAUAUGAUAUGAGUGGUAUCAAAUCUCUCAGCAAGAACGUAAACAAGUAUAUUUUUCAAAAUGUUAAACAUUUCUUUUUAAAACACCUUAUUCAACCCAAAUUAUACUCUCCCUUCCCCCAUUUCAAGUGUCUGUCUUGGAUGCAAUGAAAGCAUGAGAAUUUACCUAACGCAUUUGAAUUUUACCAAAAGAGAGAAGUAGAAAUGUACCUUCACAAUAUUCACGUUGUUUUGAAUACAGUAUUUAUCAUGUAUGUCAUAUAUUAUAUACAGGAUUAGGUGUGGUAAAGAGCAUCUUUUAAGAGUUUG